AUGAAUAUGGGUACUCUCAAGCUGCUUCUGCUACUCUCAUUCUUGUGUCUCCUGCGGAGAAGCAGAGCGGAUAAGUCUUCAUUUGACGCCAUGCUGCCAGAGAGCGCUAUGUCCGAGCUGUGUGUUAUAGAUGAACUGCUGUGUCAGGAUGAGAAUGCCUUGCUGAGUUUCCUGGCCCUGCGGAGCAUUCACAGAGACAUGGAUGACGACGCAGAUGGCAGCGUGGACGUGAUGGAAACAGACGGAUUUCUCCGGAAGGAUCUCAAAUACAACGACCCCAAAGCCAAGCACAACAGCUUCCAUAGGACAGACUUGCUGAUCACUGUGGAGGACAUGUGGAAUACGUGGAGAACCUCUGAAGUAUAUAACUGGACUGUGGUGGAAGUUGAAGAGUGGCUGAUUAACUAUGUGGAGUUGCCUUCGUACGUGGAGUCUCUUAGAAGGAACGACAUCAGUGGAAAAGCCCUGCCGAGACUGGCAGUGAAGAACGCCACCUUGACCUUGUCCGUACUGAAGAUCAUGGACCGCAGCCACGCCCAGAAGCUCCAGCUCAAAGCCCUGGACACGGUUCUGUUCGGGCCCCCUCUGAUGGGCAGAGACAGUCAGCUGAAGGACUUUGUGUUGGUGGUGUCUAUCGUGAUUGGACUGGCUGGUUGCUGGUUUGCCUACAUGCAGAGUCGGAAGUCUAAAGACCACAUGCAGAAGAUGAUGAAAGACCUGGAGAGUCUUCAGAGAGCCGAGGAGAGUCUGUCGGACCUACAGCAGAAGCUAGAGAAGGCAGAGGAGGAGCAGCGGUCAGUGCAGGUGGAGAAGGUGAAUUUGGAGCAGAAGCUGAGAGAUGAGAUGAACACUGCCAUACAGGAGGCCAAGCGACUGAACGACCUCCGCCAGUGCACGGAGAACGCAGGGAGUCGUCAGAAAUACGCUGAGGAAGAGCUGGAGCAGAUGCGUAUGGCUCUAAAGCAGGCGGAGAAGGAGUUGGAGUCGCGGAGUAACUGGUCUCCUCCUGAAUCCCUGCAGAAGUGGCUGCAGCUGACACACGAGGUGGAGGUGCAAUAUUACAACAUCAAAAAACAGAGCGCAGAGAAACAGCUCCUGCAGGCCAAAGAAGGAGCGGAGAAGAUCAAGAAGAAGAGGGGGACUCUGUUUGGAACGUUCCACGUGGCUCACAGCUCCUCGCUGGAUGACGUGGAUCACAAAAUCCUGGCCGCCAAACAGGCUCUGGGUGAAGUCACGGCAGCCCUGCGGGAGAAGCUGCAUCGUUGGCAGCAGAUUGAAGCAUUGACGGGGUUCUCCAUCGUUAAAAACCCCGGGCUGACCUCGCUGGCCUCCGCUCUCAACCUGGACCUCGCUUUCCUGGGCGGGCGACCUGCCACGCCCCAGCACCUACUGCUGUCAGAUGACCUAGACGAUAUGGAUGAGGACAUAUUGUCCCCAGGAACUCUGCAGUCUCCCAGUCUGAUGUCGGUGCGGCAGCGGCACUGUGAGGCCACGCUGGGCUCUCAGAGGGAUCUGAAUCUUUCAGACUCUGACUCAUCCUUGCCUCUGACUCAGAGCUGUGACUCCCAGCGCUUGUCCUCCGCCGCGCCAUCGAAGUCCCUGCUGGGUCGGGCCAACGGCGGAGGUUUGGGCAGCAGUCCGGCGCCGCUGCGGAAGACCCACGGCAUGGAAAAAUGCGCCAGCCUCGGAGACAUCGAUAAUCCGUCGAUUGGUCUCAGUCCGUCCGAAUCCACGCGCUCCCUCAGCCCCACCUCCACCUCCACGUCUCCGUCCCCCGAACCAGACGGCUCCUGCGCCCACGGCGGCUCCGCCCGCAUCCCGCAGCCCUCGAGUCGAAAGAGCCCCCCGGACGACGACAGCGGCUCCACGGGGGACGACAACGAAAACUCCAGCGCCGGUCGCAAGAGACACACCUUCACCAGGAUCUUCAGGAAACACAAGAAGUGACAGCAGGACGUGUUUUCUGGGUACACCCCCUCACCGCGAAGACCUUCGAUAUUCACCGCACGAAAAAACGCUUUUUACACACAUUUGGCAAGAUGCUCUGAACGCGCAGGAGGAUAAAGGCUAACGCGAAAGAUACGGCUUCGCCAAGACUUACAGAAAGCCAAUGAGGUAAUACAGGUUUCUGAGGAAAUACAGUCAGUCAUAACGAUAAAGUCAGAUAUGCCAUAUUUAUGAAUCAGUCCAUCAUCGGAAUAACAAAGGACAUUUACGAACCAUAACCACCACUGGACUAACUGAGGUACCUCCGUCAUCCGACGAAGAACAGUUCACCACAUCCACGUUGUUCUUUUGGGUUUCACCUCCGACAAAACGCAUGUAAUCAGACGGUCUAUGUGUCUAAUCUCCUCCAGACCUCCUCCAGUACAAAAUCACCAAGUACCAGUCAACAGAUACCUAGCCAUACCU